GUGCGGCAGCUGCGGGACGAGAUCAUCCAAGAGAAAUCCAGCGGCGUGCCCAUCGUGGUGGUGGCCAACAAGUGUGACCUGGAGGGGCAGCGCGUGGUGCCCACCUCGCAGGCGUCCGUAGUCGAACUGGAGUGGGAGCACGGCUUUGUGCAGACCUCUGCCAAGGAGAAUAUCAACAUAGUACAGGUGUUCAAGGAGCUGCUGAGCCAGGCCAAGGUGCGCUACGACCUGAGCCCGGCCGUGGAGAAGCGGCGACAGUCGCUGCCGGUCACCCAGCUGUCCGACGGCCAGCUCAAGCACCUGCAGAACAUCAGCAGGAAAAACGCCAAACGCACUUCGUGCGUCAUCUCCUAGGCGCGGCAGACAGGACAGGACAGGACAGGACAGGACAGGACAUCAUUUCCUAGUCGCGACAGACAGGACAGGA